AUCUCAAAACUUGAGAUGAAUUUAAGAAUUUUUUAAUCAUUUGUAUUUCACCAUCCAUGUAAUUUUCCACUUUGACAAGUUAUCACGCAAUCUUAAUCACCCCUUUAGUCUCCCCAACUCAGUUUCCACGAAAUUUCUUAUUCUCUCUCUUCAAAAACAUUUUCUUUCGUUUUCCCUUUCCCCUGUUUUAAACCAUCUUAGAUACCAUACCAGUUUAUACAUACAUAGAUUAAAUUCUAUAUAUUUGUACCAUCCAGUUAGAGAAACUAACUCAUCUUUGAUACCCAGGUCCCAGUUUUUUUUUUUUUUUCCUUUUGAAGGUUUUGAAAGGGAAUUGUAGUUGAGGAUGGAGAACAACCAGCAAUCCUUUUGGCAAUUCAGUGAUCAACUUAGGGUCCAAAAUUCGAACUUGGCUAAUCUUUCUCUUAAUGAUUCGAUUUGGAGCAACAGUUACGUUUCGAAGAGGCCUGAUGAAAGGAGGAAUUUUGAUAUCAGAGUCGGUGGUGAAGUGAAUUCUGUUAACAACUUGACGUCGAAGGUCUCUGAUUUUAAUUCUUUCAACAAUGAUGGAUGGAAAAUUGGAACCAGUAGCAACAACAUCGGGUUCGGUCCAAUUGGUCCGAUGGGGUCUCAGAAGAAUGAUGGAAUCAACGGAGGGUUCAACAAAGGAAUUUAUUCAAAGCCAGGGAAUAACAAUAAUUUCAAUGUUAAUUUGAAGGGGAAUAAGAAUAAAGCAGAGGAUGAUCAUGGAAUCAAAAGCAGGAAGAAGAACAGCAACAAGAAGAACAAUAACAAUAACACCGACAAUAAUAACAACAAUAACGGAGAAAAUAAUGAUGGUAAGAGUGCUGUUGACAAGAGGUUUAAGACACUGCCACCAUCUGAGUCUUUGCCUAGGAAUGAAACUGUUGGAGGCUACAUCUUUGUUUGCAACAACGAUACCAUGCAGGAGAAUCUCAGGAGACAGCUCUUUGGUUUGCCUUCACGUUACCGAGAUUCAGUCCGGGCGAUAACUCCAGGCCUGCCUCUAUUCCUCUACAACUACUCCACCCACCAACUUCAUGGAAUAUUUGAGGCUGCAAGCUUUGGAGGAACAAACAUUGAUCCAACAGCCUGGGAGGACAAGAAAUGCCCUGGCGAAUCACGGUUCCCUGCUCAGGUUCGAGUUAUUACAAGGAAAUCCUGUGAGCCGCUUGAAGAGGACUCCUUUAGGCCAAUUCUCCACCACUAUGAUGGUCCAAAGUUCCGCCUUGAACUAAACGUGCCUGAGGCACUCUCCCUAUUGGAUAUAUUUGGUGAACAAGAACCUUGAGCAGUAUCCCAUACUACAAAGGCGUACAGAUAGUAAAUACACAAAGAGUUGAAGAAUAACUGGAGAAAUAGAGAGUAUAUUGGGAAUUUAAGACAGUAUCUAGGGUGGGUGAACUGAAUGCAUAGAUCCACAGCCUAGGAGAUGUAAAACUUUUUUAUCACAGGAUUGCUAUGGUUGCCCUUUUUGUCA